AUGCCACAAAUUAGCGAGGGUGGAGUAGUUGAUAUAAGAAAAGUUGCAGAUAUAGAAAAGAUAGAAACAAAAGGACUUGAACUUACUGAAAAUGGAAUUAAACUAGAUGGUUGUUUGCAUGUAAUAGAUUGUAUAAGUGCUGGGGGUAUGCCUAGGGAAAAGAAUAAAGAUGAUUUAAUAAAUGUACUAGAAGUACACUAUUGUGGAAGAGGCGUUGGAAAAAGUAGAGCUGGAAAGUAUAAUGAAGUUUACGAACAAGGAGAAUUAUACAUAGAUAUGGUCAAUAAGAAAGUGAUUGAAGAGGAACUUUAUUUAGGAAAUGAUAUCGAAGAAAGAAUUGAACAAGGCACUUAUAAUCGUUUCUACGGUUCUCUAGUGGCAUUAAAAGAUCUAACUAAACUAGCAAAGUUACAAAUUGAAAUGACUAAAGUUAAGGAAAAUUUUGAGCAUUUACCCAAUAGUAACUUGCAAAUUGCAGCUAAUCGAGCGGCACUAGUAACUGGUGGUAGUUUAGUGCUGGUGGGUCAAUCCGACACCGAAAAUCCUAACUCGCAAAUUUACACUCAAAUUGGUGGGGUAAUUUCAAUUGCUAAUGAGUUCAUUGCCGAUGCUGAGAAGUUUUUAGAUAACUAUAAUGAGUUAUUAGGGGUGUUAUCUCAGUUUGAAAAAAUUGCUGAAUUAAAGGGAACCGAUGGAGAAAUAGACAUUAACGAAUUAACAGAAAAAAGAGAUGAAUUAGUUAAAGACUUAGUCAAAGGAAAAAGUAGUGAAGUUCAAGGAAUGAUUGACGCUAUAAAAGAUUUAGAAAAAAAAAUAAUUACCUAUCGUAAGUUCUCUUACUAUGAAGAAAAUGUAAAAAAACAAGAUAAACAGCAAGAUCCUAAAGUUGAACUUGAAAAAGAAAAUUUACUAGAUGAAGAAUUAGAAGCCAGGAUUGAAAUACCAAUUAAUAAUAACAAAUAA